AAAACAAUUCCUCGUGAUAAGACAGAAAGGUUAGUCGACCAAUCAGGCGUUAAUGCCUUCUUAAUAGGCAGUUCGUGGUUGAAGUUUAGACGAUUUAUCCACUCAUACGUCAGCGCAGAAAAUGUUGGCCAAUAGCAAUGCGAGAAGGAAGGGGGUUGACCUGUUGGAAUGAGCCAAUCGUUACGCGGCUGAUUGUGACGCAUCCUCCCAUCAGCUGUUUUUGUUUUUCUCAGAGAACACUGGAAGUUAAUAGCAGGAUAAUAACAGGAUUCCUGACUGGCUACGGCGAAACAUCUCAUUCUGGAGAGUGCGAGCGUGGCGCUUGGAGUCUGGACGCCGAGGAGGAGCAGCGGGCUCCGGCGGGGAUCGGCCCGAGCCAAAGGCCUUCAACCUCGGACAGCGAGACGACAGAGGUUCCGGUGGCUCGGAUGGAGACCCAAGAGGCGAUAUCGGAGGGCCCCGGACCGCACCGCCACUUCAUCUGCGCCUCGUUCAACCAGGACACCACCUCUCUGUCCGUGGGCACGAAGACGGGAUACCGGCUCUUCUCCGUCACAGCUGUGGACAAACUGGACUGUAUCCAUGAAGGAGUGGAGUGCCCAGACGUCUACAUCGUGGAGCGACUGUUCUCCAGCAGCCUGGUGGUGGUAGUCAGUCUCUCCAUGCCCCGUCGAAUGAACGUCUACCACUUCAAGAAGGGGACGGAAAUCUGCAACUACAGCUACUCCAACAACAUCCUAUCGGUGAAGCUGAACAGACAGCGACUCGUGGUGUGCCUGGAGGAGUCCAUCUACAUCCACAACAUCAGAGACAUGAAACUCCUCAAGACCCUGCUCAACACGCCGGUCAACCCAACAGGUCUGUGUGCGCUGUCCGUUAACCAUGGCACCUCCUACCUGGCUUACCCAGGCAGCGCCACCAUUGGAGAGAUCACGGUCUACGACGCCAACAACCUGAGCACGGUGACCCUGAUCCAGGCCCACGACAGCCCGCUGGCGGCCCUGGCGUUCAACGCCUCCGGCACAAAGCUGGCCAGCGCAUCUGAGAAGGGCACUGUUAUCAGAGUUUUCAGCAUCCCAGAGGGUCAGAAGUUGUUUGAAUUUCGUCGGGGGAUGAAAAGAUACGUUAGCAUCAGCUCUUUGUCGUUCAGCGCAGACGCUCAGUUCCUGUGCGCUUCCAGCAACACUGAGACUGUUCACAUCUUCAAACUGGAACAACACAGCCCCAGUCAAGAUGAGGAAUCUCCAACAUGGUCGACAUACGUGGGGAAAAUGUUCACAGCAGCCAGCACCUACCUACCCGCCCAUGUGUCUGACAUGAUGCACCAGGACCGCGCCUUCGCCACCGUACGGCUCAACAUGUUCGGCCUGAAGAACAUCUGUGCCCUGGCCACGAUUCAGAAGCUUCCACGGCUGCUGGUUGCGUCCUCUGAGGGUUACCUCUAUGUCUACAAUGUAGAUCCGCAGGAGGGAGGCGAGUGUGCCCUUGUUCAUAAACACAGACUCUUUGAAUCAGAGGAGCAGGAGGAGGAGAAAGAAGAGGAGAACCAAGAGGACGGCCCCCAGCAACCCGCCGGCCAAUCAUAUGCUGCCACUGUGGCUCUUCCUUCCACGCCUCCUUCCUCCACCACGCUCCUGGGCUACUCUGAAGACGGCGGAGCCCAGAGAGGGGAGGUCUUCCCUGAGCAUGAAUUUGCAGAGGGCCCAAUCUGUCUGGAUGACGAGAACGAAUUUCCUCCAGUUGGAAACCAGAGUAAUUAAUCCACCAACAUCCCCAUCAUGCUCCCGCACAAAAAAAAAAAAAAAAAGAUUUC